UGUCGCCGAGAUAAUGCCGUGUAUUUUGAAACGUGGUUGUAAUUUGUUUUGCAUUUGUUUAUUAAAUCUUUUAACAGUUUAAUAUUACUAACGCGUAUUUAUUUUAUAAUGUCAGUUACUCUUCAUACUGAUGUUGGUAAUAUUAAAAUUGAACUUUUCUGUGAGCAAUGUCCUAAAGCUUGUGAGAAUUUUCUUGCAUUGUGUGCUAGUGAUUAUUACAAUGGUUGCUUAUUUCAUAGAAAUCUGAAAGGUUUUAUGGUUCAAACAGGAGAUCCAACAGGUACAGGUAAAGGUGGAACAAGUAUUUGGCAAACUAAGUUUGAAGAUGAAUUUAGAGAUGAAUUAAAGCAUAAUACACGAGGCAUGGUAUCUAUGGCAAAUAAUGGUCCUAAUACGAAUGGUUCACAAUUUUUUAUCACAUACUCAAAACAGCCACAUCUCGAUAUGAAAUACACAGUAUUUGGAAGAGUUAUUGAUGGACUAGAAGCAUUGGAUGAAUUAGAAAAACUACCGGUCAAUCCAAAAAACUACCGACCCCUGCACGAAACCCGUCUAAAUAGUGUAACUAUCCAUGCAAAUCCAUUUGCUAAAUAAAUGUUUUCUAGCAUUUAAAA